AAUCAUAAGCUCUAUCUGUUACCCGUUUCAAGUGCUUAGACAACUCUAGACUUGACGACGAUCUUUCAACUUACGUUAGGAACUGAACAUUCCUGUGGUACAAAUUACUAUACAAUGUAAACUCGCAAAACCUUCCUCUACCAUAUGUAGCAAAUUUGGCAGAAUUCUGUUUGCAACAAUUAAACCAUUAACCAUGAACUUGGUGUCGUCUGUGGGUUUUUCGGGCAUGCAAGCACAUAUUCCUAAUCAUCCCGGGAGUUUAAACAAUGCCAUGGGAAACCAGCGCAAUCCUUUUGCUAUUCAAGACAUUCUUGGCCUUAACCUGGGAGCGGACGGCGUUGGCAUUAAUCAUGGAGCUCAUUCGGCUGCAACGGGAGCAGUUAAUGGGAUUGGACAUCCGUCCGGAGGUCAUGCAGUAUGUGGCAUCCGACCGGGAUCGGGAUUCUACUCGUCUGCCCACACUCCCAGCCACACAGUGCCGGUCAACGUCACAUCGUGUUUAUCCGCCGCUGCCGCCGAUCACGCAGCGGCUGCCAGUGCACACCAUGCGGCCGCGGCGCGAAUGUACUUUUCCAAUCCGGCCCAGCUCAUGAACGGCUACAUCCCCAACGUUGCUUCCGGACCCUCAUCGUUCCAGCAGACACAUGCCCAACACGUUUCUCCAUUCCUUACCGCGUUUCCAGAUUGCAGCGGCACCCGGGAUUCUCAAACAGCUGCCGGCGAUUCAACACUCGCGGGAGCAGACAAAGCCUUUGAUCAUAUCGGCAACUUAAAUAAUAAGAAAAAGAAGAAAAAAAGAAGACACAGGACAAUAUUCACGAGCUAUCAAAUUGAGGAGCUGGAAAAAGCUUUUAAAGAAGCCCAUUAUCCGGACGUAUAUGCACGGGAAAUGCUGUCUUUAAAAACGGACUUACCUGAAGAUCGCAUUCAAGUUUGGUUCCAAAAUCGCCGAGCCAAAUGGCGAAAAACCAACAAGUCUUGGGGCAACAGCACUAUCAUGGCAGAGUAUGGACUAUACGGGGCUAUGGUUAGACACUCACUGCCCCUACCGGAAACUAUUCUUAAAACAGCAAAAGAAGGAACUACAAACGAUAAUUGCGCACCCUGGCUACUAGGGAUGCAUAAAAAAUCCCUGGAAGCGGCGGAGCAUUUCAAAAACGAAGACAUGACAAACGGAAGUCGCGAUGGGUGUGACACACAACUCACCAGUGCAUCCAGCGAUGAUUUUGACGGUAGUCCCAUCAACCUGGCAGGAAAAUUUGGCAUGUUGUCGGCUAACGGUGCAGAUCAGCAAAUGGGCAUCGGCGAUACUAUUAUACAUUCACAGAAAAAGGAAGAAAUCCGUUCAAACAGUAUUGCAUCGCUGCGAGCCAAAGCACAGGAACAUUGUCUUCGUUUAAUGGGAGAUACCGGUGGAAAAUCCAAUAUUAACAACAUCAAUGAUCAUCGACGCAACCAGGUGUUAGCCAUAGUUCGGGAUGCCAAUAAGACGGAUGAUGAUAAUUCGGACUAGCCGGUAUAUGUAGAUACAUUUCGAAUAUCUUCAUCCGAUUUCAAUCGAACUGAAUUUACUACCUACAGUAUAGAACGAACGGCAAAAUCUAAUUCUUCUAGGCACUAAUUCUGCUAUUUAUGUUUAUAUAUCGACCAAAAAUCCGACUGAUCUCCAUAAUUAUUUGAAUCUCAUAUUUUGCAACUGCAUGAUUUAGAAUUACCCACAGGAUUAAAUCAUCUCUAUUGCUGAUUAUAUGUUUGUUUUGUUCACUGCAAUCAGUUUGAAUCGUUUACUGUCACAAGGCAAAGUAUAAAUAAGUAUUAAAA